CUUUCACAUCACCACCACUUGCGCCGUUUCUGCAUCGUCUGGGGGCAUCGACAUUGUUGACGAUGCGUCGCAGCUCCUCUUCGGCUCGUCAUGGCAUCUUGCCCGCCAUGGGCCAGCCGCGGCAAGGCGCUGUCCCCGGCUUUCGCCCAGCGCUCGCCAGUUUCAGAGUGCGCAAGCGCGGCGUCCAUAUGAUGCUCGCUAUUGCGCUGAUUUUGACGCUGCUUUUCCUGUUUCGCAGAUCAAGCGAAUCGCCGCAUCUCGCUCCCGUACGAAAUGACAAACCAGCACAUGGUAUUGAAGACCAGCUGCGCGACUGGGACAUCAAAGACAGAAUAGGAGAGUCCUCUGGGCCGAGAAAGCUCUCAGAUACUUCGAACCAUCCCAUCGACUACUUAAGCACUAAUGCGAAAAAUGACUUUAACAAUAUGCUUGGCCGGCAAUCGAAAACGCUAGACGAGGCCGUCAAGGAAUACAACCGGCGGUACAAUCUCCCGCCCCCGCCGCAUUUCGACAAGUGGUUUCAGUUUGCAAAGAGCCAUAAUGUCCAAUUAAUCGACGAGUUUGAUACGAUAUUUGAUCUAAUUACACCAUUCUGGGGGUUGAAGCCCGCUACGAUUCGAAGUAGAGCUCGCGAAGCGCUCGGGUUCCCCAAUGGUCUUCUGGGGCUGGGCAUCCGUAAUCACCAAGUUGCCUUUACGCAGAGCGUCGGUGGUUACGAGUGGCAGGAGGAAGCAACUAUCAAAAUGAUGGCGCCGUUUGUCAAGUACCUGCCGGAUAUGGAUCUUGCGUUCAAUAUCCAUGACGAAUCCCGCAUUGUCAUCCCCUACGACGACCUAACAAGACUUGUUCAAAAGGCUCGGGAGACGAAUAUGCCUGCCGCCAAUAGUAAUAAGCAACUUGCCAACCAUUUCACCCCCAAGAUUGCCGAUGUUAGCUCUCGUCUGCGCUUUGAAGAUGCCAAGUUUACCCGCUUCAGAGAGGCUGCGCAUCAGCCGACCUGGUCAACGUCCAGGAUGUCGUGUGCUCCAGAUAGCCCAGCGAGAGCUUUGGAUGACGACGACCUCGGCGAUAAGAUUAGCGAAUACAGCGUGACGGAGGGCGAGUUUGUGUACAACGCCAGUGCGCUGAUGGAUAUCUGCCUGAGCCCAUCGCUGAGCAAGUCGUUUGGGUUCUUUGACCGGCCGAAUGGAUACAAAGUUGCUCACGAUUUGUUUCCAAUCUUCUCGCAGUCCAAAAUAUCGUCCUACAGCGACAUUAUAUACCCCUCGCCCUGGUAUUGGGCAGACAGGGUUGUUUAUAAUGAAACACGAGAUUUGACAUGGGGCAAGAAGCACAAUGCGCUGUACUGGCGAGGCUCGACCACGGGCGGUUUCAGCCGAAAUGGUGGUUGGAGACGGCAGCAUCGCCAGUACCUUGUCCAAAAGCUGAAUGAUCAUAAGCAGGUCACUGUGUUUACGGACACUGGCGAUGAUGCGCACCCCCAGUGGAGUGCAACAAAGGCGGCUCGCGGCCAAUAUAAUAACCUUGUUGACGUCCACUUUUCGCAUGUUGGCCAGUGCGAUCCCGGCGACUGUGAAGCUCAGAAGCAAUUUUUCAAGGUUGGCGAGAUGGUGGAUAUGCAGGAUGCCUGGUCAUACAAGCAUCUGCUUGACAUGGACGGCAAUGCGUUCAGUGGACGCUUUUACGCCUUCUUGCAGAGCCGCAGCCAGGUCUUCAAGCAAGCCCUUUUCCAAGAAUGGCACAAGGAGUGGCUGAUGCCGUGGAUUCACUUUGUGCCUAUGAGUAUGCGUGGAGAAGAUUGGCUGGAGCUAGUCCGCUUCUUCAGCAACUCGGAAGCCAAGGCGGAAAACAUGGCCAAGGCUAGCGCUACUUGGGCUAACAAGGUUCUGCGCAAAGAAGAUAUGGAGGCUUGGUUCUUCCGGCUUCUCUUGGAAUAUAGUCGAGUGAUUGACGAUAAUCGCGAAUCCAUUGGAUAUGAUCCCGAUGCAAAAUCUGCCGCAUCACCAGUUGGUGGUAACUGAGUCAGGUUUCUUGUAGAAAUUUUCGUUCUUCUUGCCUGGGAUAAAGCCGUCAGAGAUAUCAUCGCCUUUUACUCUUGUAUAGGUAGUUUACUGUUGUGCUGCAUGUUGGAUUCAACGACCGGCGUUUUGGGGAAUUUAUUUACGCCCAUGGAAAAGAGAUGUGCUGUUGAAUAUUGUUGAAUAUUUGUAUAGAAUUUUAUCUAAAUAUAACCUUUUACUCCCAUUCUGCUUGAUACAAGUACAAAAGCCGACUUCGAAAUACGAAAGACCAAGAAGCUAAUUAAACCAAAUCAAACACACCCACUUCGAAAGAUUCAUAGUUGACCUCAUCUACCCAAUACCAGGGCGAGGGGUAUAUAAUGUCGCUGUAGGACGAUAUUUUGGACUGCGAGAAGAUUGGAAACAAAUCGUGAGCAACUUUGUAUCCAUUCGGCCGGUCAAAGAACCCAAACGACUUGCUCAGCGAUGGGCUCAGGCAGAUAUCCAUCAGCGCACUAGUAUUUUCAUACUCUCUGGUUAUUUUACCCGAGGGGAGAUGAGGAAUGCUAUUCUUCAUCAUCACCGUCAGCGUCUCUGUCCUCAGACGGUGACUUCUCUCGUUGGCCGUCUGGGCUGCCCGCAGCAUUGUCUUCUUCUGCCUCUCCCUCUUGCUCCUGUUCCCAACCCAGGGGGGCUUCCUUGUACCGCUUCAUGGCGUCCAGCAUAUCCUCGUUGGGGUUGUCUACUGUAACGUCCAGCUGGUCGACAAUCUGCUCCUGCUGGUCGUGGAUACCCGCUGUGCGAGCAAUAUUCUUGGUGCGCUGCGGACGCACCGUCGACUUUUGCAUGACGGGGUAGUAGUACAUUGCUUUCUGGCGGGGGUAUGUGGCGUCAUCAUUAUAUGCGAGAAGAAUCUCGUCCUGGUAUUUCGUUGGUUGGUCAAGCUCCGUCUCUUGGGCCGUCUCGUACGCGCGAAUACGGUUGAAUUGGAAGCAGCCGUUGGUGCGGUCUGUGUAUAACGUCUCGUUUUCUUGAUCAGGGUCUUCCACAUCAAACAUGCGCUGGAAGUUGACACCUGUCUCUGAGUUUUGACCCAGGUAGAAGUCGUAGUUCAUCAAGUUUUGAGGCUUGGGAACGUUGUAAGGAUCCUGUUCGUGCGCAGCGAGUGCAGCUUCGUAAGCCGCCUCCUCGGAUUCUGUUCGAUCGAUGGGUCGGAAGAGACCGCUUAGCAAGCGAGUGUCGUAUGAGUUGUUUGCAGUGGACAUGGGGUUUGUUAGGAAUUUAAUGGUCACGUAGGCGCCAGAGUCGGGGAAAGCGUCCAAGUCGGGCAGCAGCGGAAUGGCUUCAACAAGCUUAAGGUGCUUCUUGGUCGGAUGCUUGAGCUUCUUGGCAUCUUUGAGGUCUUGCUCUGCAACUUCGAAGCUGCGGUCAAUCUUGCGCUUGAUGACCUGAGGAGAAUCGGCCGCACUAUCGGCAAUUCGCUGAGGCUUCUUGGCUUUAGCAAGCAGCGCUCGGGGGCUGCUAUUUUCGUGACGUCUUGGGACCAUGGACGAGAUAUAUUCGGUACGUCGCAGGAAAGAGACAUUUGCUUCGGGAGCCUUGAGCUUGCCGAGGGCAGCCAACGGUCGAAGAAGGGCUUUGUCGUGAGGGUGGACAGCCGGUGUCUGGACAGGAGCUUGAAUGGCUAUCGGAGAGUUAGAUAACACCACAAAAAGGAGAAUUUCUGUUUGAGAGAAUACUUACAACUUUCAUCCCCGUCAAACACACCUGGCAUACCUACCAGGUCAAGGGGCAUACCCAGCUCAGCAUCGGCCUCGAUGUUGAGCGGCUGUUCACGCGCAAGGCGCGAGGCAAAGCCUGGGUUUGUGUACUGUCCGCUGGAUAACCCGACAUUAGGGAUGUCGAGAAGCUUUGGAGGGUUCGGGGGAGGUGGGAGAGCGUUUGAAUAACGAAUGCGAGCGAUGAAAUCCUGGUGGAUGACACGCUCACCAGAGCGCGGCGCGGAGGAAGACAUGCUGGGCGUCGUGCGCAAGCCUCAAUUCCUGAGACGAGCGGUUGUAUGAUCUUGCGCAAGGGUUUGGAGAUGAUUUCCGGGUCGGGUUCGAUGGCUGGCGUGUGUUGCGGUUAGGCGUUGUGAAGCGCGGCGGCGGGUUGC